AUGAGUUCUUCUAAGGGCAGUCAAAGCUUGAUUAGGAGACAUCGAGGCAAGAUUAUUGUUUCGACCGCUGUGGUUGCAACCAUUUUCACCACUGGUUCAAUCUGUAUAUAUUUAAUCAAGAGGUGGUUGUACAAGCAACAGUUGAAAAUCACUGAGCAACAUUUUAUAAGGGAACAGAUAAGAAGAAGGUUCACCCAAACUCAACAGGAUUCUUUGUAUGCGUUGUAUGAGUUGCUACCUGUUUACUCGUUGGUUCUAACUAAAGAUUUGGACCUUGAAAAAUUAGUGGUGGCUUUAAGAGACAAGAAAUCAAAUAGAACUGUUCAAGAUUCGGUUUCUACUAAUGCUGAUACCGCAACUGGUGGUAGCAUUGCUAACAUCGAUACCGCUCAAUCAGAUCUGGUCCUGGUCCCAUCUGCUAUCUUAGACGACAGGAUUAAUCAAAUGAGUAAAGCCGAUUUGUGGAAUGAAUUGAAAUUGAAAAGUUUAGUGAAAUUGAUCUUAAUCUCUUAUUCCAUCCCUUCGCUAUUACUUUUAACAAGAUUACAAUUAAACAUUUUAACAAGAAGAGAAUACUUGGAGACUGCUGUGAACGUAGCUAUCGAAAAUGAAUCUAAAAAAUCAAACGGUCUAUCGUCUUUAUUCAGCUGGAUAGGUGAUUGGAUUUCACAGUCAGAUUCAAAUAUCGAUAACGCCAGAGAUUUAACUAAAUUGAAGGAGACUCCUAAAUCAAUUUCUACUUACACCAACGAACAGGCAUUUUUAUCUCUUUCAUGGUGGUUAAUUAAUAAAGGUUGGCUAGAUUGUACUGAGAUUAUCGAGGAACAUGUUAAUAAAGAAUUCGGUGAUUUGAAGCCAAAAGAUUCUAUAACAUUGACUGAAUUGAGUAAUAGAUUAACGAAAAUUUAUCAUUCCAUAAAUAAACAAUUAUUAAAUCCAUCAGGAACAAACGAUCUCCAAGAAGACCCAACUCAAAUAAAAAACCGUAUAGGUUCAAUUUUAUUACCAGAUGCUGCAUCGAAGAAUUUUGUCUUACAACAGACAAUGGAUCAAGAUGCACUUGAUAUUUUAAAUGAAGACAGUAAAGUACUUGAUCAAUUGAUCACCGAAACGUCACAGUAUAUAAACAAUACACAAUCGUUAGUCGUUUUGGAGUCUCUAAUCAAUGAAUCAUUCCAAUACAUUAUGGAUAAUUUAGAAGAUAAAAUAUUAAAGAGAAACAAAGGGAAAGAUGGAAGUCCAGCAAACCCUGAUAAGAAAUUCCAAUUAGCCCUGAUUGCUAUGAGUUGUAAAGAUUGUUGUCACGACAUGCUAAGAGCAGACCCUUCCUCGGCAGAAAAUGAGUACCUAAUAAGAAUCAACACUUUAUCUACGUUGGAUGAUCUAAGUGCUAGUGUCUACAGUAACUUUGAUUUCUAA